AUGUCUUCUAGCAGAACCACGAGCCACAUGUCGUCAACACCGCAGUCUCUUCCAUCUCGCCCACCUCCCAUCCCGGCUGAUGACGGUUUUGAAGGCACGCCCGCCUCACGCGAGGCUACAACUGACGAGACGGAUGCAUCGCCAUGCGAAUUUGAAAUCGAUUGGGAGAAUAUCUGGCACGGUGGCAAACGACUUAUGGGCAGUGUGUUGGAUAGCCACGCCAUGAAACUGAAACUCUCCCCAGUUUCAGUUUCAUAUGAACUGGUUUCAGUUUCAUACGAAACAAUAUCCAGUUGCAGUCCAAUUUUUUGA